AUGAGUUUUGACCCGCUAUUAAAAACAGCACUUCUUCGUUGUCUAGUCUUCUGGUUGCUCGGCUCGAUUAGUGCUCUGCUGUUUGUUGCGGUUGAGUACAAGGAAAAGGAUGACAAAGAGGAAAAAUACAAGUUAUUGUUAUCGCUUUAUGAGUCGCUGGAGUCUAAAUACAAUAUGAGCAUUGAAGAGUUCAACAAUAUUUCGAGAACAGCACACGAGGCCUUGAGCGAGCCUAAACCGCAAUGGAUCUAUCUGGACGCAAUACUGUUCAUAUUCCACGCCUGGACUACGAUCGGUGAGGAAAGUGAUACCGUACACCCAGUAGACUACCGAUCUCAACUGAAAUGAUUUAAAACGUGAAAUUAUUUCAGCAAUAUUUUUCUCAGCUUUGAUCAGUGUUAUAGAAAUAAAUGCUUCGUGAUAAAAAUAAACAAACAAACAGAAACGAGAUUGUUGAGUACAAUCCUUUCGAAUCAGCGGUGAUGGCUCAAUACCGAGUUUUUUUUAAACCACCGCUCAUAAGAAAAUAUACAUGGGCGUUUGUUGAACGAAAGAUUGCAGAAGAAAAAAUUAUCACCAAAAGAAAACAUAGAAAAACGAUUCUGACCUUAUGUUUAUGAUCAAAAGAAUAAGAAACUACAGGAAAAAUUAAAAUGAUAUAUUUGAAGCGCCGAACAAACAUAUAACAAUGAUCUUUCUUUAAUUGAUAAACAAGCAUCUGUACCACAAUGACCAAAUUCAAACUCUUGGGAUGCAAUAUAAAAGGUUCCGGAAAAUGAAAAUAGUUAUAGAGAUAAUGGUGAAAAGAUAGCAAUGUGCAUAAGAUCUUUACACUUUUUUCUACAGGUUAUGGUAACAUCACUCCGCAAACACCAUCUGGCCAAGUGAUGUGCAUUUUCAUCUCUUUACUUGGAAUUCCCAUUACUUUGCUCAUGUUAAAAUCCAUGGGCGAGCUCAUUGCCAAAUGGGUGAACACAAUCAUCACAAAGUUUGAAAAGAAGUUCCUCAAGACGCUGCAACCAAAGCAUAUGCAGAUCAAGACUGCGAUGGUCCUGUUUUCGAUCAUGAUAAUUUCGAUUCUUACAGCCGGUUUUUUAUCGACGCCUCUCCGCAAUUGGUCUAUCGUUGAAAGUGUUUAUUUCUGGUUUGUGACAUUUACCACA